AUGGGCACAUGGAGGAUUGGGCAUCUAAUUGCCUGCGUUAUCUCUUUGAUCAUCCUUAGGACUGAAGGACGAUAUAUUAAUUUCAAACCAGGUUAUGAAUACGUCUAUAGUUUUAACGGCCACUCAACGGUCAAUGACAUUGGAAAGUUUGUUGUGCAAGCAAAAGUCGGCUAUACAAAUAUACAGCAACGCGAUGGGGGACAGGAAUUAUUGCUGAAGGUGCACACAUUCAACUUGGCACCAGAGAACGACCCAACAAUCAAGGGGGCAGAUUUUGACUUCUCCAAAUGGUUUUCAUUUGUGAUAUCACCCAGAGGGGAGAUAACCCAUGUUUACCAUCCUGCUGGGGAGGACGAUGAGGUCAUUGUUUCCAAAAAGGGUUUUGCUGCUCUGUUUGCUUCAAGGCUGCAUGAACAAGGGGAGGUGCCAGGGAAGGUUGAAAAGGAAGGAUUUACCUAUCAUAUUACCGAGCAUGGUCACGAAGGUGAACACAAUGCAACGUAUACUGUAUCCCCUUCUCAAGAUGGCUUGAUAUUUACCAAAGUUCGCCACGGUCAUCCAGUGCAGUAUGCGAGGGCAAAUUACAGCAAGACAAUGCAUUAUCAUGACUACCUUGGGACAAUUCACAGUGUCCUUAUAGAUGAGAGUUUUAAAUCUCCCACUACUCCUCCAGGGUUUGAUCCCCAUGCUGGUAUGAGAAAAAUCAAAGCAGUCAAUGAAUUUAGCACCAUGGCAUAUCCUGAAAUGGCAUAUAUUAGUCAAGGCAAGCUUCAUUUCCUCACAAGGCAUGUGGAUAAACGAGAAUGGAUGAAGCCCGGCAAGAACAUGCUAACAGCAUCAAUAGAAUUAGAAAAUAUAAAACCAAAGCGAAAGUAUCUCAAUGUUACUGAAGCUCGAAGAGAAAUUGUUGGAAACCUCACAUGUAUGGAGAACCAACCAGACCAAGGAGCUCCAGGCUUGACUAUUUGCUUCCGGAAAAUUGUGGAUGUGUUACAGAUUCUUCCUGAUGAGGAAAUUAUAAACAUCGCCAAUUUUUAUUUCGAGAAACUAAAACCUACAUUGGCAAAGUACAGAACAGCUACAGAGAACAUGAUUGAUGCUUUUGGUGUGCUAGCAACUGAAUUGUCUGAGAAACUGCUGGCUGAGAAGAUAUUUCUGAGUCCAAAGCCAAAUCACGAUUAUGUCAAAAGGGUGUUAACCCACGUUGUAUCUAAUGACAAACCACCACAUGAGUUACUUCUGCAAGCCUUGGAAGAUGCAGUAUACCACAGGGACAAAUUUCCAGCCAAUUUUUACAUCCAAGACACCCACAGUAGGUGUAUGCUAGCCUUAGGUGCUGUAAGCCACAAACUUCAGAAGCAUGGUAAUCCAGAGCGGGCCAGAAGAAACGUUGACAAAGUACAUGAGCUUCUAGGAUAUCAUGACCCUUGGUUGUACAGAAAGAGAAGAGAAAUAAUGAGCCCCCUGGAGAAGGAGCAACACGAUCACUACAAAGUUAUACUUUUAGAGACUUUGGGCAAUGCUCGAUUGGAUGACUCGUACGAUUACAUUGUGUCUCAUAUCAACAGUACAAACUCACCCUGGAUCAAGAGAGCUGGGUGCCAUGCCUUGAGGAAAUAUGAUCAUCACCAUGCUGCUGAGACUCUGUUGUACGCUGCUGUUAAUGAUGAGGACCAGACUGUUAGAUAUGAGGCCUCCUUACUGUAUAUGGCUCACCCCAAGGGGAAAAUGAUUGCCCCCCUAGACAACAGAGUUCCAAGUGACGGCAACUCUUCAUACAUUGAAGACCCUUAUGACAAUGGAAUGGCUGUGAUGGACCUUGCACAGCACACUGCUAAACGCUCCAAGAGAAGCAUUUGGGAUGGACUGUACUUUAGACUAGAAGCACCAAGUGUAGACUGGAGAAAACUGCUCGGUUCAACAGAUAUCGGUGCUUCAUUUGGAGUCAUCAUGUUGAAUCUCCUGGAUUUGGCAGUUGCCCCAUUAAGUGGCCACGUGAAGAUCCGCGUCCAUGAUGAAGCCUAUGCUAGGAUCCAUUUAGGGUUUAUGAAUAUCAAUCUGGAUUUCUUUGUUGCAAGAAUUUGCUUCAAAGGCGGUGCAGAAUACAACAUCAACAUUUUUCAGGGAAAUGAAAUGAAAAAGAUGAUAAAACUUGCUAAAAACUUUUCAAAAAAAAUCAAGCAAGUAGUAGCUGGGAUAAAAGAGGGAGUGGAACUAUUCAAAAACCUAGUGAAAGGAAAAAUCAGCAUUAAGGAUUACGUAGACGAGUUGGUGUCAGCAAUAUCCGAGUUACCAAAAAAGGUUUUGCAGCUGAGAACUGUUGCAUUAGCAGCCAUGAAGAAACUAGCACAAUAUGAUGAAGAGGUCUUUCCUCCACCCUUCAGACCUAUGAUUAAUUUCAUUCACAAAGUUUCCAAGCUCUUCAAUGACAUAAAAUCUGAUGUUAUGGGAUUUGUUAAUCAAGUUGAACAGACAAUCAAAGUCAUUAUUCCACAACAAGGGAAAAUUAUCUAUGAAUCUAUCAAGGACAUUAUCGAUGGUUUCUCAGUCAUAACUAGAGACCCCAAAUCUGCCAUCAUGAACAUUGGCAAAGGAGUUAUGUCUAUAUACCAGGCCAUCAUGGCACUCCUAGAUGCUAAAAACAAAACACAAGAGGCAUGCUUCUUCUUGAGAGAUGAAAAGCCAUAUUGGUUUGACGUGCAGGGUUUGUUGGUUGAGUACACAGAACUUGCUAAACAAGCUUUCCUAAGCCUUUCUAAUGCAGGAACAGCCUGGGUCAAUGAAGUCAUACCAAAGGAGGAGGAUGCUAUCUAUAAGAUUACCAAAGGAAACAUAACCACAAUGAAGGUGCGACAAGAAAUAAUAGAUGUCCUUAUGCCGAUCAAAGACGAAUUAAUGGUACCAUUUCAAGGCUUGAUAGGAAUGGCAGACUCUUUUGUAGCAAAGUAUUCCAAGGUUUUCAACUUAAUCAGAAAUGUGAAGGAAGCAUAUAUGAUGUUAAAGGAGGGGUAUCAAACAGCAAGAGGAAUUAUAGAUUCAAUAUUUGGACCAAAAGCUCACAAGCAGUUUCCAAAAGCUCGAAGACUGAAAGGCAAAGGAUGCGAUGGAAAAGGAAUUUAUGUUUCAUCAUUAGAGAAUGACGAUGACCCAGAAUACGUGCAUAAAGGAGUGGAUGUUAUGGCUGAAAAAGGAGACAAUUUGGUUGCUCCCUUCGCUGGAACUAUUACUAGAGAUGCAACUGAUGACAAGUCGGUGAUCCUGGUGAUUACUUCCGGAUCUUUGGCUGGUAUGACUGUCUACCUCACCAAUGUAGACGCCAAUUCUACUAUACAGACAACAGUCGCAAGCACGGUUGCAGCAGGGCAGGUUAUUGGAACUGUCCUUAAGUCACCGUGUGUUAAUCAUGUUCAUGUGGCAAUGAAAAAGAAGGGUGCCGCAGACUAUCUUGAUCCUACAAAGUACCUUGAAUCCAUUUUUCCUACUCUGCCUAUGUGGAUACAGCAGUGUGAUGAUUACAAACUAGUUUGGAAGUUUGAAACUAUAGCAGCUGGUGCCAUUGUUGGACUUGGAGGUCAGGCCCAACAAAACAACACUCCGACCUUGAACAACACAAAAUUAGCUGCCCCGCUCACCAAUCCCCCCGCAGACGCUGAUCCUGACGACACCAAAGCCAUCAAAGAUGAUCCAAACAGUGCAUUCAGUAAAGUCAAGAGUAAGCCAGCAGUUGCAGAACAAGGUAUGGAUGAACCGGAGGAGGACCAGUGUGCAGCGGUGAUGGGAAGAACCACUACCACCACUACCACAACCACCACUACCACUACCACUCGAGCACCGGGAGUAAAAGGUUUCAUUAAAGGGAUGUUCUCGAAGCUUCUAAAAACAGCAGAUAAGUUCUUGGCAAAGCUGAAUUUGAGACGCUUGAAAAUGGGAACGAUUAUUGAAUUUUUGGACAGAUUCGGAAUGGUACAAAGUAAAGAAGCCAUGGCCAAAGUCAUUCUUACCAUCAAAGAAAUUAUUGACAACAAGCCUUGUCUAAAGCCAAGUGAGAUGACAGUGGAUCAGCUGCAACUGGAACUGAAGGAGAGAGGAAAGAAUGCAUCUGGAUCUAGAGAGGAAUUGGCAGAAAGGCUACUGAAACUUGACCAAGGAUGUCCUUUGAUUUCCUUCACCAUGCCAAAGAAUGUGUACUGUACAUUUGAUAGUUACUGUCUCGGACUGGAGUGUUGUAUAAAUGUCAAACUAAUGAUGUUCUUAAAAGUCUUCAAAGCCUGGGCUAGAUUUGACCCUUGCACAACACCAAUGAAGUUUACCAUGGCAUUUGAAAAUUACAAAUAUGAAAUCGAUAUAAAUCUCAGUUUGGAGUUUGACGGUUUUGAAGGUGAAUUGAGAUCAGGAAUCAAAUUAGACAUUUUAGGUGGCAUUGAGCUUCUCAUUAAAUACAAUAUUUACAAGGGGGAAAAUGCAACAUUAGCUACAUUUGGGGCUGGAUUUUGUAGUUUUGAUGAUUCAGAUAACUGUGUGAUAUAUGUAAAUCUGCUGGACAACGCAAUCCUUCCAAUUCCAACAUGUCUACCAGAUGGAACAUUUGUCUGGCCAAAAAUUGACUUCAAAAAGAUGUUUGACAAAGAAGCAUUCAUUAAGAAAAUCAAAGAACAAGGGAAAGCACUGGUCAAGACGGCUGCUGCGGAGCUAGCAGGGGAAUUUCUCACCACACUAGGACUUCCUAAGGAUUUUCUGAAAGAAACUGGGCCGUGUCCUCGACCUGAGAAUAUGACCUUAGGACAAGUCACAGAAAUUCUGACAUCAAGGAAUCUUUCAGCCAAUGGAACAAGAGAUGAACUCAACAGCAGGAUAAGGGAAGAUGACCUCAGAUGUAGUAUACUGGGAUUUAACAUUACUCUACCAACUAUAGCCAAUGCCAAAGUGGCCAAACAUGUUUAUUAUUCCAUUGAAAGUGACUGUAUGAGACUGGAUGCCUGUGCAGACAUUUCCCUCUCCUUGGCUGGGAUAUCCUACACUAAAGCUCUUAAGGCAUUCGUAGACUUAGAUCCAUGCAGUUUUGUGUUGAAAGUUGGAUUUGAAAGUUAUCAGUUAACAAAAGUUUUGCUGAAUUAUGACUGGGGCACAGAAAAAGUUGCAGAAAUCUCUAAAAAUAUCAAAAUUAAGUACAACAUCAAUAGAAACGUUGAGAAGAAAAUCUUUAUUCUGGACUUCGGUCUGCAAAUCUGUCUGUCAGAAGGAGACUGUAUUCUGGAUGACUACCUUCUCAAACAGUUUGAAUUUCCUAUCCCUCUCUGUGGAGAUUUUGUCCUACCAGGAGGAGGAUCCAUCAAAGGCAUGUUAGCAGAAAUUGGAGGCAAAAUGACAGAAGAAGCCUUUGAACUGAUCCUGAGAAAGUUUGACUUAGAUAAAGUUUUUGUGUCGGGAGUAUGUACAGUCCCAGAAACUCCAGCUUCUUGUCCCGCUCUGUUUGAUGUGAGGAAGUAUAUCCCGACCGGCAUCAAGCACAUGGUGACCUGUGAACUGCCACCCAACUGCUGGGGGAUAGAUUGUUGUUUGGAUUUAAGUUUUACUAUUCCAUUGGGAGACAUCAAAAUCACCAAGAAUAUUCCUUUCUGGUUUAAACUGGAUCCUUGUGAUUUUUUCAUCGACAUCGGAUUUGGAACUAUUACACUCUUGAGAUCCAAGUUCCUUACAUAUGAAUAUGGAACAUCAAAGAAGCUGACUCUGGGAUCUGGAACUCCAGCUCCUGUUACAAUAACGUAUUUCAUUGAUCAAAUGGAAGGGAACAAAGGGUUCAUAGUGGAUGUGAAGGUCUCUAUCUGUUUCCCACUGGAUGAUGAGACCAUCUGUAUCCCUAAUGAUGAGGGACUGCAUCUCCUGAAGAAUGAAGAAAUACCAGUCUGUGACCAGAGAGCUUUGGUCAACUUCAAAAAUUUCUCAUUGACAAACUGGGUGAAAAACAAUACUUUAAGAGCUGGUGAGGAGUUAGCAGAAGGGGCGUUGACCUUGUUAUUGGAACAGCUGAAUCUUACCAACUUCUUCAAGAAGCCUCGAUGUGAUCGGAACAGGAGUCCGUAUAUUCCCUCAGUACAGGGAAUCCACAACAAAUGCCCAAGAACCAUUGGUUUCCUGCCUUCCAAGAUUCCCGAUCCUAUGUCUUGUUACAUACCCGACUACUGCACAGGAGUGGAGUGUUGUGCUACGAUCCCCAUCCUCGGUCUGGGGCUCCAUGCUUAUGUAUACUUAGACCUGGACAAAUUAGAGCUCAGAUACGGAUUAGAAACCAUUACGGGCACCUUGAAACUGUUUGACUAUGAAUGGGGGAACACCAUCAAGAUAGCUGUGGCAGAGGAUCUAAUUUACUUCUCAUUCAGCGUCAAGCCUAUCACAGAUGAGAAUGUGUAUGUGUUUAACGCCUAUGCUGAGGUGUGUCUGGAGCCAGAUGACUGCUCAUUAAAGAUUCCCAUUUUGAAGAACACGAAGCUGCCUACCCUUACAGCUGUUAUCACUGGAAAACAAAACUUUUCUUUGAGUAAUUUAUUACAAGAAAUGGGCAAUGUUACACUUGACACCAUGAAGGACACUGCAAAAGCUGUGUUGCUACAACAACUGGGAGUGGACCAGUGGAUGUCAGACACUCCCUGUAGUAUAACGGACAAUCUAUACACACCCAGUGUCAAUGGAUGGAACAAUGAGUGCCCACUGACCUGGGUUAAGCCACCCAACAUCCCAUUGGACAAUGUGAAGUGUGCCCUGACACACAACUGUACUCGCAUCGACUGCUGCGUGAGCUUCAAACCACUCAAUUUGCAUGUCCAUCUUUUCCUCCAUUUUGAUCGUUGCAAUUAUGUCAUCUCAGGAGGAAUUGAGAAGAAGAAUUUCUCAUAUGGACUCUUGGAUUUCACGGAUUUCUGGGGAAAAGAAGUCUCCAUCAACAUUGUUGACAUUAUCUAUAUAAAGUUCAAAGCAAGCCAGCUUGAAGUCUCUAAGAAGUAUGUGCUGGAUUUGAAAGUAGAAAUCUGUCUAGAACCUGAUUCUUGUGCUUUGGAUGUCCCCAUCUUUAACCAAGUUCUAAUUCCUAUCCUGAACUGUGACCUCACCAUGGACUUCAACCUGAAAGGAUUUUCCCUGAAGGAGUAUAUGAAGAAAGAGCUGGGUAUGACAGCUGAUGGCAGUUUGUCAACAGCUCUGUCCAAUUUCGUCUUUAAAAAACUGGGACUGAAUUCCUUCAUGAAGAAUGUACCUUGUGACAGGUCAGAGCCUCCCUAUAGUAUCAACAGGCUGAACUACACCGGCUGGUCAUCUGAAUGCCCUGCCAAUUUACCAUUGUUCAAGAUCCGAGGUACAACAAACUGUAACAUUAAGAACACUUGCACUGCGCUCUCUUGUUGUGUGGAGGUAGGAAAGGUGGGGAGGACUUUUGAAUUUAUCAUGGACAUAGACUUCUGUAACCAGAAAUUCACUGUAGGCAUAGAAAAACUUGUGGAGGAGGUGUCCCUCAAUAUGUUUGAUUAUGGUGUACGAAAGGAAAUUGUCAUCAUGGGUGUAAUUAAAAUAUGGUACACGAUAUGGGAUAAUGUAGGAGAGGGCGUCUAUGUGAUAACGGUGGAUUUAGCAAUCUGCUUUGAGGAUGGCGGAGAUUGUCUUGUGAAUGUCAAUGUCUUUGACAAAGUGAAACUGUCCAAACAAGUGUGUGUUUGGGCAACACAGUUUCUGCAUCCAGGCUUUUCCCUGGAAGGCUAUUUAAAGGAACAGGGACUGAAUGCAGUGGAUCAAAUAAAAGGCCUGGCACUGGACAAGCUGAAGGAGGCUCUAGGUCUCCCUACAUACCUCAUUGAUCCACCCUGUUCCUUGACAGGUGCAAAGUAUGUCCCAAAUACCAAUGGAGUCAAAAAAGUGUGCCCAAAGGAUUUAAGUCAGGUGAAUUCCAACUUGCCCACUCUGCCAAGUAAUAUGGUGUGUCAGAUAGGGGAAACCUGUACGUCAUUAGAUUGCUGUAUUGGGGCCUCAAUCAUACAACAUAACUUCCAUGCCUAUUUGGACAUCGAUCCUUGUAAUUUCCAGAUCAAAUUUGGAAUUGACAGACUGGAGUUUGUUAUAUAUAUGCAGGAAUUCACUUUUGGCAUUGAAAAGGACUUCCGGCUGGUGAAUGUUGUCAGAAUUAAAUUUAAGAUCUGGGACUUGUCUGCUGAGAACCAGUUUUUGGUGAACAUGAAAGUCAGCGUGUGCUUUGAAGAGAACAGCUGUGUUCUGGACUUAGUUCUCUUCAAUGAGAAAAGAUUUCCCAAAAAUAUCUGUGAUUUUGCUGCAGCUGCAAAAAUUCAAAAUUUCUCCUUCAAAAACUGGAAGAAUGCACUACCAGACAAUCCUGGAGAAGUCCUGCUCUCUGCAACAAGUGAUCAGUUAAUGGAGUACUUAGGAAUCGCUGGAUAUCUGCAGAAGGAACAGUGCUCGGUCACACCUACAGCUUCCACUCUCAGGGGCUGGAAUGAUGCUUGUCCAAAAUCAUCAUGGUACAAGAAACCAGAUUUGUCCGGUUUGCCUGUUGUUUGUUCAAUCUCAGCUAAGUGUACAGAGAUUAGAUGUUGUGUGGGAGUGAAGUCCAUCAGACGGAACUUUGAGGCUUAUAUAGACAUUGACCCAUGCUACAAGACAAUGGUGAUCGGAAUUGAAGAGUACAAGACCAAAAUUGAUCUUCUCACAUAUUCGUUUGGUACAAAGGGACACUUCUGGCUUCAAGAUGUUGUAAAAAUAGAGUAUAGUGUAGUGGAUCUGGAAGGUGAUGCUAAGUAUCUAAUCAACAUGCAGUUACAUGUCUGUCUGGAAAGUGGGCAACCAUGUAUGUUCUCCCAUGACAUCGCUAAAGAUGUAUAUCUUCCCAAGAUUGGAUGUGAUUGGUCGCUCGAUUUCUCAAGUUUCUCCUUGUCGAAUUUCUACAAGAACAUGUCAGUGACAGCCGGAGAUGUCCUGUCAGCCACCCACCUGUCUCUCCUGAAGGAGGCCCUAGGUAUCACAAACUUCCUGCUGCCACAGAGUAGGCAGUGCAGCAGAGGCUCUACUGAUUACAAGCCAGAGACUGCCGACCAACCAGGAUGGAAAGUGGAUUGUCCUUUAAAUGUUGGAAAUAUGACCCGAUUUGGACAGAACGUUCCCAUCAGCUGUCACAUGAAGGAGCACUGUACAGCGGUAGAGUGUUGUAUAGACUUCCAGGAUCCUCUGCAGCAGACAAUUCACCUGUUUCUAGAUUUUAAUCUCUGUCUGCAGACAUUUGAAAUUGGCAUAGAGAAUUUCAUACAAAAAAGGACUCUCUUCUCAUACACGUAUGGUGUUCAAGAUCAUUUCCGUCUUGGUGAUGUGGUCCAAAUUGACUUCAAGGUUAUUGAACUUGAUAAAGAGCUGGAGCUGACAGUGAACCUGAAGUUCUGUUUAGAGGACAGUGUGUGUGUCUAUGAACUGUCAUUGUUUGACCAAAAUGUGAUUCCCAAACCAGGUUGUAACUGGAACCUGCCCUACCUAGAUCCAAACUUCUCUUUGAAAAACUGGUACAGCACCAUGCAGUUAGCUAUCGGUUCCCAGCUCUCCAAACUGAAUGCUGCUAAACUCUUGGAAGAGCUGGGUGUGGCCCAGUUCUUAAAGAGGGAGCCAUGUGAGAGGUCCAGUUCCAUGUACAGCCCAUCAAAAGAUGGAUUGAAAACUGAUUGCCAAAUGUCUGUAAACACUACCGCUCUGUCCGGUGAUUUGACCUGUUUAAUUAAGGACACAUGUACUGCAGUCAGCUGUUGCAUGGAUGUAGAUUUCCUACAGAGAGCAUUUGAGGCAUAUGUAACCAUUGACCCUUGUGACUACUAUCUGGAAGUAGGCAUAGAAAAGCUGAAAUUCAAUAUCAGCUUAAAUGACUAUACAUUUGGAACCACUGGACAGUUUUACUUAAAUGGCAUUGUUCGCAUAGACUACACAAUUGAGGAUUUAAAGGUGGAAAGGCAGUUCAAGGUGUCCAUGGUUUUGAAAGUCUGUUUUGAGGCCACUGAUGACAGCCAGUGUAUUCUGAGUUUGGAUGUGUUAAAGGACACGUUAUUGCCAAAGUCCAUUUGUGAUUGGGUUGCUGGAUUCUCAACACUAAACUUUGAUAUAAACCAGUGGUUCACAGCUGAAAGUAUCAACCCUAAUGCUGUACUGAGUCUCGUAGACAGAAAGAAACUGUUGAACAAAUUAGGAAUAAGUUCGUAUGUCAGUGUCAACCCUUGUUCAUUUACCUCUGAAAUGUUUAGUCCUGCCAAUGCUAAAGGAUGGAGAAAUGAUUGCAGUAAGGACCUGUCAGCAGUGGUUCCAACUCUUCCGUCCUUUGCCCGAUGUAACAUUGCUUCCUACUGUACUGGCAUUACAUGUUGUCUGGCUGAAAACAGCAUUCUGGGAACAUACUUCUCUGUUGGAGUCCAUCUGGAUGACUGCAAUCAUAUCUUAACCAUCCAUGUAGAACAGCUUUCUGUGAAAUUGAACCUGAAUGGCUACAACUUUGGUGUCACUGAAAAGCGCUAUUUGAUGAGUGUUGUGCAGUUUGAAUUUACAAUUGUUGACCUCCCUGGAGAGAAGAGUUACCAGAUCUCAGCCAGUAUCGCUAUCUGUUAUGGAGUGGGACCAUGUGUGCUGGACAAAACCAAUCUACUGACAGGCUACAAGUUACCAAAAUCUCUGUGUGAAUGGGGCUCAGGAUUCAUCGUUCCAAAUUUCUCUGGGGUGUCAUGGAUGAUGGCAAAGAACUUGGAUGUGUCUACAGCAUUAUCUCUGACCGAUUCCAACUCACUGUUGUCUUUACUGGGCAUGGACCAGUUCCUGAAUGAUGGACCAAACCAGUGUGCAAGAACAGCUGCAAAAUACACCCCAAGCACAGGUGGAUGGAAGAAUGACUGUCCUAGGGCUUCGGUUCCAGUGGCCCUGCCAGAUAAGGUGACGUGUCUGAUUCCUGACAUUUGUACAGGUAUAGACUGUUGUGCUGAUGUGGAUUUCCUGGCUGGACGGACCAUCAGUGCUCAAGUGCUGCUUGACCCUUGUCAAGCCAUCAUGAGUCUCAACCUGGAGAAGAUGCAAUAUAACAUUACACUGUUUGAUUAUGAUUUUGGAACUACAGAUCAUUUCACACUUCAAGGAGCCCUCAGAUUAGACUUCAACGUCCAGAACUUAAAAAUACAGAGAAAGUAUCUUCUGAACCUCAACUUAAGUUUAUGCUUGGAGGCAUCUAAUCCUAAUGACUGCAUCUUUUCUGUGCCAAUUUUCGAGAAUGUCAUCCUGCCCAAGAAUCCUUGUACUAUUGACCUAAACUACAUCAAUCCAAGUUUUGAUUUGCCCACAUGGAAGACGGCCAACAGUUAUGGAGCCACACUGACCAGAGAGCAGGGCCUGUUCCUGCUGAGGGAGCUUGGAAUAGAGGAGUAUGUAGGAGUUGGCUGUUCUAGGACUUCUGCUCCCUACAGUCCGGAGACCCAUGCAGGCUGGAACGUCUCCUCAGGAUGUGCCAUCACACCCACUGCCAUUCCAAGCAGCAAGAUCAGCUGUCAUGUGGGCACUACGUGUACCAGUGUAUCAUGCUGUCUGGAGGAUGACAUCACCAAACUGUCCUAUCAACUCUCGCUGGACAUUGACACCUGUGCUGAAAAAUUGAUCAUUAAACUAGAGAAGAUGUCGUAUACGGUAUCUCUAUUUGAUUAUCAGAUGGGAACUAAAGGAACAGCUAAGCUGUUUGGUGUCCUGGUUGUAGAAUAUGUAAUAGAUGACCUGGUCCAGACUGGUCAGCUUGUAGUUUCCCUUAAAAUGAAGCUGUGCUACAGCAAUGGAGCUGCCUGUCAACAUGAAAUUGAUGUUCUCCAGGGAUUCAAGCUUCCCAAACCACUGUGUAACUUUGCUGGAGGAAUGUUUGCAAUUAAAGACUUUUCACUGAGCAAAUGGAUAUCUGAUAAGAAAGCAGAAAUACAAGGAACCAGCCUGGAGCAAUGGGCCAUUGAUCUCCUGAAGUCUGAGCUGAAAAUUUCCAACUUCCUCCGCAACCCAACGUGUAACAGAGCAACUCUGGGAGCUGGAGAUGGAAACUGGAAUGUCACUGCGUGUCCCAGUGCUCCGAGCAUUCCUGCCCUCCCCAGUCACACCUCGUGCUCCCUGGCUUCCUUCUGUUCAGGGGUCGUGUGUUGUACUGACGUGGCACUACUUAAAACAUCCAUCCUAACAAGUGUAGAUAUUGACCGAUGUAAAGGCAAGGUCUUCAUCAGGCUGGAGAAACUAGAAGUUGUCAUCAUCUUGACCAAGUUUGAAUUCUCAACAUGGCAGAAGUACACACUACAGAAUGUAUUCAGAUUAGAGUACAAGAUUGAUUUCCUGUCUGCUGAGGGUGUGUUCUUGUUUAACAUGAAGUUCAGUGCCUGUUUUGAAAGCUCUGGAGAUUGUAGACUCAGUUUCCCCAUCAUGACAGAUGUUAAAGUGCCUUUCUUGGACUGUGAUUUCAAGGCUCUGCCAUACGCUAUACCAGGGUUUACAUUUGACAAUUUCCUGACACGUAAGGGUCUACCCCUCUCAACAACUGUUCUGUCAAGCCUUAAGGCGGAGCAGCUACUGGAGGAGUUAGGCAUUGGAGGAUUUUUCAAAGCCACUUCCUGUGACAGGGCCAAUUAUACAACACCACUGCCAUCAGGCUUUGAAAUAGAUUCAGGAUGCACAGAGAACAUAACUCCCUAUCUUCCAAGACUCCCCAGUAAUACAAACUGCAGGAUUUCAUCCUCCUGUACAGGAAUCAGCUGCUGCACUGAUGUUUCCACCAUUGGAAAGACACUGCAGUACAGCAUUGAUAUAGAUGCAUGUACCCACACAUUGACACUGGCAAUUGAGGACUUCAGCUUCAAAAUAUCCCUCAUUGACUUCAAAUUUGGUGUUGAACAGAAAUUUACUAUAGAUCAAGUUUUCUCUCUCGAGUACAAGAUAACUGAUUUGAGGGGACUUCGACAGUUUCUGGUGAGUGCCAAACUGAGUGUGUGCUUCAAUGAUCCAACACCAUGUGUUAUACAGGGAACUCUUCUCAGCAAUUACCUAGUCACAAAACCCUCGUGCGCCUGGUACACUGGAUUCUGGAAAUCAGAUUUCUCACUUUCCUCAUACAUAUCUACCAACAACCUACCAACUGUUGGUCAGCUUAGUUCCAGUCAGGUCUCCAAACUGUUGGAGAUACUUGGGAUUUCUAAAUACAUGAAGCAGCCAUCAUGUGAAAAGGAUUCUGGAAUGUAUGAGGACUCGUACCAAGGAUGGAAGUCAGAAUGUCUAAAAGAUACUGGUGUCAGCAAACCAGUCAUCAAUGAAAACCAGGCCACCUGUAUCCUGCAGCAGAUGUGUACUGGGGUACAGUGCUGUGUCAGUGUUCCUAGGUUUGGGAUUUCAGUGGAGACCUUUAUACAGAUCAGUGCCUGUGAACACCAGCUGAGAGUUGGAAUUGAGAACCUGAAGUUCAACAGGAGCUUGUAUGGAUACCGCUUUGGAGAGAAGGAGCAGUUUGACUUGUAUGGAUUUGUUGUCAUAGAUUUUGUGAUAAUUGAUCUGGAGUUUGAAGGCAGUGAUGGACACUACCUAGUAAAUAUGAACAUGAGUCUGUGUACUGAAGCAGGCAAACCCUGUGAUGUUGUUAUUCCUGUGUUUGAGAAUUCUGCCCUUCCCAAGGAAACCUGUAACAGAAGACAGGACUUUUUGGACCCAACCUUUUCCCUGGCCAGCUGGAAAACUGCCUUGGGCUUGUCAGGUCCCACACUAGAGGUCCACUACAUCAGACAACUCCUGCAUGAUCUGGGCGUGUCUGCCUAUCUGAAGGACUCAAGCAGCAAAUGUGACUGGUCAAAGCCUCCUUAUAGCACUGCAGACAGCAAUGGAUGGACAGAUAAUUGUACCACUCCCACAGUAGGACUUCCUGACCUUGGUGCCAAAACUAGGUGUGCCAUCUCCGACUCAUGUACCGACAUUCACUGUUGUCUGCAAUCCGAUACAAUACAAGAGACAUUGGAGGCCUACAUAAAUAUUGAUACUUGUGAUGGAAAGAUUUCAGUGGGAAUCGAGAAGUUCCACUGGACUGAUAGGCUGCUGGGUUUUGAGUUUGGAACUGUCAGACAUUUGUCAAUGCUGGGUGUAGUUAAUAUUGACUAUUCCAUAGUGGACCUGGAAGCAGAGAAUGUGUUCGCUGUCAGUAUGAAUGCAAGUGUGUGUUAUGAGUCAUCUAGCCCAUGUGAAAUCAAUGUCCCAAUAUUCAACGAACAUAGACUCAGUAAACCCACUUGUAACUGGACAAGAGGAUUUGCAAUUGACAAUUUCUCUAAAGAAAGCUGGUUGGCAUCACGUGGAUAUACAGUGAAUGAUACACUGCCUUCAUAUGUCAUCUCCGAGCUAUUGCAUGACCUUGACAUUAUUCAGUAUUUGGGAGACUCCAGUUGCAACAGGAAAUCCAUUCCAUUCCAUCCAAACAGAAAUGGGUGGAAUACAGGUUGUGACAGACCAGUAACAUUGUCUCCCAUUGAUUCUGAUACCACUUGUCACCUGUUCAGCUUCUGUACUGGAGUACGAUGCUGCUCAGACCUGCCUCAGCUUCAGCGAUCCUUCAACACCUGGUUACUAAUGGACCACUGUAACUACAAACUCAGCAUUGGAAUUGAAAGAUUUGCCAUCAAUGCCAGCCUUCAUGACUUCAAAUUUGGAAGGAAGGAAAUAAUUAAUCUCAAUGGUGUUGUUCGAUUGGAAUAUGAAAUUAAUGACCUACCAACUGAGAGGAAGUUUUUAGUGAAUCUAAAUUUGAAGAUCUGUUUUGAGUCCAACAAACAGUGUGAUAUAGACAUUCCAAUAUUCACCAACACAAAACUUCCCAAGAAACCAUGCGAUUGGACCACAGACUUCCUGGACAGUGGGUUUUCAUUCACCUCCUGGAAGUCUACAAGAGGAAUCACAUCAAGCCUAUCACCAAACCAACAAACAGAACUAUUGGAGGAUUUGGGCCUGUCACAGUUUGUCAAUGAGGACAUCAAUAAAUGUAGCAUUGGUAGUGCACCAUUUACUGGAGGUGCAACUAAAUGGAGAAAUGAGUGCCCUCAUUCCCUGAAGGCCACCCUCCCUCCCCUGUCUACUCAGCCCAUCGGCUGUUAUAUUGACUCCUCGUGUGGUGGCAUCCAGUGCUGUAUUCAAGUGACUUCCCUCAGCACCACCUUUGCCACCAAGCUGGAGGUGGACCCUUGUACCUACAAGAUGACUGUGGGAAUUGAGAAACUCACCUUCUCUAAAGACUUGUUUACAUAUGACUGGGGGCAGGAGGAACAAAUGUGGAUGUUUGGAGUUGUCAGGAUGAAGUUCAAGGCUGUGGACCUGUACACAGAGGGGUACUUCCUGAUGGACCUAAAAUUAGAAGUUUGUUUGGAGGCUAGCCAGGUGUCCUCCUGUGGGCUAUCAGUAGAUGUACUGAAAAAUUUCUACCUUCCUAAGAAACGUUGUGUAUGGGAUGCUCCAUUCACAAUUCCAGGGUUUAACUUGUCGUCUUGGAGGGCCACAGAGGGCGUGGCUAACACUGUUCCUAUGGAGUCUGGGGCUGUGGACAAUGUACUUUCUGAUCUGAGCGUAGCAGGAUUCCAGCUGUUCCCAGCCUGCUCCCACACAGACAGUACUUACAAAACUGCUGCUGCCAACUGGGAGAAGUAUUGCCCCACGGAUGUACAGACAACCCUUGCUUCACUGGCAGAUGAGGCUCUGUGUGCAGUCUCAUCACACUGUGCCUCCAUCAAGUGCUGUGUCAUUGUGCCAUUAUUAAACAAAACUUUUGAAGUUGGCCUUGAUGUUGAUGAAUCCUACUACACAAUGAAAGCCAGUGUGGAAAAGAUCGCGAGAAAACAGUCCCUUGUAGGAUAUACAUUCAAUACCAAGGAGACGCUUAGCAUUAAUGGGGUGUACAAACUAAUAUACAAAGUGAACGACUUGGUGGAUGGUAACAUGUUCGAUGUGUCCAUGACUGCCCAGGCCUGUUUUGUGGAUGGUGGAGAUUGUGAAUUUAGCUUGCCUAUUCUGACCAAUGCAUUAAUUCCCAAGUCUGGUAGACAAUGGAAUGACACAUACACUACCAAAGAUUCUUUGAGUCAGUGGUUGAGUGAGAGAACUUUAAAAGCUGGUGAAGUGCUCCCUGACUUCCGAGUCAGUGAGCUGUUUGAGACAUUCUCCUUGAAAUCCUAUCUGAAGUCCACAGCAUGUGACAGAGCAGCUGCUCCAUUCACUGGGGCAGGUGCUGAUGGAUGGAAAAAUGAUUGUGCAGCAGUGACUAGUCUAUCGACCUUGACCUCAGAUCCUCUGAAUUGUUACCUGGACAGUAAUUGUAACAAAGUAUCUUGUUGUGUGGACUCAAGAUUUUCCUCAAGAACUUUUGAAGCAGUUAUGGAUAUUAAUCCUUGCACCAGAAUGUUAACACUGGAGAUUGAAGGCUUAAAAGCAGUGGUACCUUGGUCUGAAAUCAAAUGGGGUACUCCUAGCCAGUUCUAUCUCUACAGUGUUGUAAGAAUAGACUAUGUCAUCCGUGACCUGUAUGCAGAGAAUUUCUUCCUGGUGGAUCUGAAGUUAUCCAUGUGCUGGGAACUGUAUGGAGAUUGUGCCUUUGUGUCCACUGUUUUCCAAAACACAUUCCUUCCAAAGAGAUCCUGUCCUGGCAACUUAGGAUACAAGACUGGAGCAUUCUCCUUAAGCACAUAUGCCACCACAAAUGGCCUUGACCAGAAUAACCUCCAGGGAAAUGACCUGGCUUAUCUGUACAACUACCUGGGGAUUUCUAGUUACCUGUACACGCCCACCUGUAACAGAAGUGAUGACAAGUACACACCUAGUACUGAUGGAUGGAAAAGUGAUUGUUCCAGUAAUUUAACAUCGGUGCUGCCAGCGUUAGGUUCUAUGAUGAACUGUCGGAUGGAUUCUUCCUGUACCAGUGUGGACUGCUGUAUGGAAGUAACAAAACUGGCAUCCCGGCAUAUGAACUUUCACCUUUCCCUGGAUGACUGUGAUUGGAAGAUCAGUUAUGGGAUGGACAGUUUUCUUGUCAAGCCUAGUGUACUGUACGGUUUUACAUUUGAUCGGUGGAAUGAAUUCUGGAUGAGAGGAGUAUUUAGAAUGAGGUUCAAGAUCACAGAUCUGAGUGGAAUAAAUAAGUUCAGAAUUAGCUUGACCUUCAGUGCAUGCUUUGAAAGUGCAGCUGCUUGUGAAAUGGAAGUUACCAUCCUUGACAAUGCUGUGCUGCCUAAGCCCCAGUGUGAUCUUGACUUUGGAACCCAAGUAAAAGACUUUGUUCUUGAUAACUGGAAGAGAGACAGGGGAUUUACCAGCAUGGAAGAACAUAGUAUUGCCAGAUUGGAGGAGGAACUGGGGAUGUUUGGUUACUUGCAUAAACCAGCAGACAUAUGUAACAAAACUGCAGGAAUCUUUACAUCUCCAGCAACUGGAUGGACCAAUGAUUGUCCCAAUGCUUUGCCAAUUUCUCUGCCAGUAAUUAGUGGCCCCCUGACCUGUAACCUCGGCUCAUCCUGUUCAGAGUUGACCUGUUGUGUCUACACUGAACCUUUGUCUAAACAUGUGACCACUUUCCUAAAGUUGGACUUCUGCCAUGACAAGUUGACUGUUGGUAUAGAGAAGUUUUCACAAGAAAUAAAACUGAGCACCUACCAGUCCUGGGGUCAGCAGCAAACAUUGGACUUUAGUGGGAUUUUCCAAGUGAAUUUCACUCUUGAGGACUUUUCUAACUCCAACCUGUUCCUGGUGAGCUAUACAAUUGGUGUGUGCUGGCAGGGAUCCAGUAACUGUGAGGGCUAUGCCAUUUUAACAAACAUAUUGCUCACCAAAUCUACAGCACCAUGUAAUUGGAAGGGAGAUUUCGUGGAUCCAGCCUUCACCUUAACUGGGUGGCAGACAACAAAUGGACACACAGACAGUACCCCCUUAUCUGACCAGGUAUUGCAGGACCUGAUGAAGUACCUGCAGAUGUCCCAGUACAAGGACGACGACUGUGAUACGACAGACUCGCCAUAUGUCCCAGACAAUGGCAACGGAUGGAACACAACUUGCCCGUACAACACUAGCCUGGCUACACUUCCCUCAACUGCGUCCUGCCACCUGUCAGACACCUGUACUGGGCUGGAGUGUUGUGUGUCCAGUUCCAAACUGGGCAGGAAAUUCAGAGUUGCACUGGAUGUUGAUCCGUGUACAUCAAAGGUAUCCGUGGCGAUCGACAAAUGGAAGUUUUCUGAAAUCUCGCAACUUACAAUAUCGGAGUUGAAUACAGAGAUGUCAAAGAGCGUGUGGCUGCAAGGAGUAGUAAGAAUGGAUUUUAUCAUUGAAAACCUUUGGAGUGCCAAUAAAUAUCUUGUCAACUUGAAGAUCAGUAUAUGCCUGUCUAGUUCUGGAACCUGUGAAAUUAACAACUUAGCAAUAUUAGAUAAUGCCCUUCUGCCAAAGAAGCAGUGCAACUACGUAUCACAACUCCCACCAGGAUUUUCACUUUCUUCGUGGACAGCAAGUCGGGGUUUCAGUGCAGGAGACCGUCUGCCUGCACACACUUCUGCUAAGGUCCAAGAUUUCCUUGGUAUUCCUCAGUAUAGACUGAACACCAGCUGCAGUAGAAAUCUGGCUCCAUACUCCCCUACAUAUAUUGGAUGGGUUGAAUUGAACAGCAAAUGUCGCAUUCUUGGACUUCCUUACAACCUGGAUCUGUUGACAUACUGUGUUGUGGAAUCGAGUUGUACCAAAAUUGUUUGCUGCACUGAUGAUUCGGAAUUUCAGUCUACCAUUACCUGGUCAAUUGAUAUGGAUUCUUGCAACCACAGGCUGAUAGUGAGCAUUGAGGCUUUGAAAACGGAAGUCUCCCUUCUUAACUACAAGUUUGGAGAGCAGGAUGAAUUUAGUCUUGCAGGAGUUUAUCAACUAAGCUAUGUAAUCCAUGACUUGAGUAGUGAGUCACAUUACCUUGUGAGCGUCAAUGUCAGCAUCUGUUAUGAACCAAACAACUGUUCCUUAUCAGAGGUUAUUCUGAAAGAUGUCAUGUUUCCUAAAGCAGUUUGUAACUUCAAGAGCACUGACUUCAAGCUUCCAGGUUUUGAGUUGUCCACCUGGAGCACAAGCCGUGGUUUUACUCCCGGGUCAGCUCUUCCAGAGCAUGGAGUUUUGAGACUGUUGAAGGACUUGGGUCUGGCUAUGUACAUGAAAGAUACAUCUUGUAGUCAUUCUGAUGAUCUCUAUGUCAACAGCUCUCUGUCUGAUGGCUGGAACGAUGCCUGUGCAAUUUCUGUAAACACAAGUCCCCUGCCCUUGGGUAUUGUGUGCCACAUUCCCUCCACCUGUACCACAGUGCAGUGUUGUGUAGACGCCACCACACCACUAGGACGCUCCUUUACCACUGUCCUAGAUCUGGACCCCUGUAGCCACCAACUCACUGUGGGCAUCGAGAACUUUGAAAUGAAGAUAUCCCUGUAUGACUUUGAAUUUGCAACAGAGCACUUCUAUUAUUUGAAUCAUGUGGUCAGAAUGAAGUACGCAGUAUAUGACUUGACGUCAGACAGGAAGUAUUUGGUGGACUUGAGCAUAGCCCUGUGCUUCAGUACGACAGGGCCUUGUGUUCUGGACACAGUUGUCUUGCAGCAUGUUGUGCUGCCCAAGAGGGUCUGUCACCUCUAUGCUGGCUACACAAAAACCAAUUUCUCAUUGGCUGCAUGGAAGACGGAGAAGGAGGCGACAUCUGCCCUGCUGACUCCUGCCCAGGUCGCUCUUUUACAGGAGGAUCUUGGGAUAGCUGAGUAUAUGUCGACUGGUUGCUCUAGACAGUCAGGGAACUACAUUCCACACAACUUCUACUGGAGUGAUGCAUGUGGGAAGGUGUCUGGAAUGACCCAGUUCACUUCAGCAGACAAUAUCAACUGCUACCUGGCCUCCAGCUGUACAGCGUUUACCUGCUGUUUGGAUGACAUGGUCCUGUUGAGGACAGUGGAUGUCCGUGUUACCCUCGACAACUGUAACUUCAACCUCAAAUUGCAGAUAGAAAAGCGCACCGUGGAUAUCUCUCUCCUCGACUACAAAUGGGGUAAUGUGGAAAAGAUGGAUCUGUUUGGAAUUUAUGUCAUCAGUUUUGUGGUGGAGAACCUGUAUCGGGAGAGAUCGUAUCUACUGAGUGCAAACAUUAGUCAGUGUUACGAAGACAACCAGGAGUGUGGUGUCAACCAUGUUCUCUUCACCAACUCCCUCCUUCCCAAAGCUGUGUGUGACUGGUCAUCAGACUUCCGUAUUGCCAACUUCUCUCUCCUGACAUGGAAAAUGGAGAGGAGCUUAGGAGCUGGGGAUAUUCCUGCUGUGUACCUGCUACAGCUGUUGGAGGAGACAGGCCUGUCUGGGUAUAUCAAAGAGCCAACAUGUGACAAGGCAGCUGGGAUAUACAGCGGGGCAACUAACGGGUGGACUAAAGCCUGCAGUGCUAGUGUCACUUUACCGACCUUGAACGCUGACCUAAGCUGUCACUUGGAUGACUCUUGCACUGGACUUCAGUGUUGUGUCUAUGCCUCUCAGUUAAAGAGAAGUUUUGAAGUCUUAUUCAGUAUUGAUCACUGCACCAGCAGCCUUAGCAUUCAGAUAGAAAAGAUCUUCUAUAAUCGUACUCUUGUGGGAUUUCCAUGGGGAGUUGAACAAGAAUUCAGGCUUCAAGGCAUAUAUAGAGUGAAGUACACAGUCGAGGAUUUGCCCUAUGGUAGAGCCUACCUCGUGUCAAUGCAAGUAAUGGACUGCUAUCAGUCCGCUGAUCCACAGUGUUCAUCUGUAGAUAUAUUGACAGUGUUGGAAAAUACCAUAAUACCAAAGGCUUUGUGCAGCUGGGAUCACAGCUUUAUCAACACUAACUUCUCGUUGACGGAUUGGCUGUCUGACAACAGUCUGGCUGACACUACAGCCCUGUCCAAUGAAGACUACAGGCUGGCUCAGCUGUUUGAUGAACUCUAUGUGUCUCAGUACCUACAGACAACCAUGUGUACACCUACCUCAGCCUCAGCUGUCAAUGGAUGGACUCAGUCUACCGAUUGUUCGAAGACGGUAUCAAAACCAUCUGUGUCGGAGAGUCUUUGCAACCUUAAGAGUGAUUGCAUGUCUUCAGAAUGCUGUACAGAGAUUGAUUUCCUCAAAAGAUCCUUUCACACAUAUCUGGACAUAGAUCCAUGUAAUUUUGUCAUGAAUGUUGGCAUUGAGAAGUUCACCAGGAAUAUCUCCCUCUCAGAAUAUCCAUGGGGACAAGUUGAACAUCAUUGGUUAGCUGGUGUGGUGAGAAUGGAUUUCACUAUCGACAACUUGUAUGGAUCCCGACAAUUCCUUCUGAACAUGAAUAUUAGCAUGUGUUUUGAAUCGUAUGGUGAUUGCUACAAGAAUGUAACUGUCUUUGAAAACACACUGCUGCCAAAGAAACUCUGUCCGUAUACUGAUAAUCCAGGAUUUUCACUGAGCGCUUUUAAGAACAACCAGGGUAUCCCUGCCGCAGAUCCUCUACCUGCCUGGGCCCAAGCUCUGUUACUGGAGGAAUUGGAUAUAGCCCAGUACAUGGACACCGCCCAGUGUCAGAGGGGAGCAGGGCUGUAUUCCAAUACCAUGAAGAGUGGCCAAGACACCGGAUUCAACCAGAAUGCUGUCUCCACUCCACAAUUAUGCCAGUUAAGUGUGGACUUGGUAGGUAAUGCCUUAGAAGCCAGCACGGCUAGCCUGAUGACCUGCUAUCUGCCCACCUUGUGUACAGCAGUAGACUGUUGUGUAGAAGUUCCAGCUAUCAGCACAUCCUUCAAUGCACAUGUGGAAAUUGACCCAUGCAAAUUUAUGUUAAGAGUUGGUAUAGAAAAAUUUAGCUUCAACAAAUCCUUGGAUCAGUAUACAUUUGGAAAGGAUGAAAUGUUUUACCUGGCAGGAAUACUUAGGCUGAUGUAUAAUAUUCGAGACUUGCCCAAUGAGAAGCUGUACGUGGUGACAUUGAAGUUGAGUGUCUGCACAGAGAGUUCUGGCUGUGAGGCCAACCACACUAUAUUUGAAAACAUGAUGCUGCCCAAGCAGCCAUGCUCAUGGGAUGAAGGCUUUGUCAAUACUAACUUUUCAGCUGCUGCUUGGAUCAACAAUAAUGGCUAUAGCAGUCCUCUAACGGGUUACCAAUCAGCUGAACUAAUCAACGAGAUGAAGGCAGCCCGGUAUCUCCUGGAGACCUCCUGUGAUUUAACAGCCUCCACCGGUAUCUACUCCAACCCUGUCAACGGAUGGAACAAAUUUUGUCCUUCUACUGUGAAUUUGAAUAAUUUGACCUCUGAACCUUUGGUUUGUCACCUGGACUACGAUUGUACAGGAGUGGAUUGCUGUCUACAAGUGGACAAGAUUGGGAGAACGCUGAGGGCAUUUGUCAGCCUCGACCCCUGCUCACAAAUCAUGACCAUUUCCCUGGAGAGAUUUACAAUUCAAGUGGAUUUACUUAACUAUGCUUUUGGCAACACAUCCCAAUACAGUUUAGUUGGUAUGCUGAAAAUGAAUUUGAAUGUCCGAGACUUGACCUCAAAGAAUCAAUAUGCAGUGGAUCUGGAUGUGAGUGUUUGCUUUGAGAGCAAUGGAAGCUGUGAAGUUUUGGCUUCCGUACUUACUGGUGCUCUUUUGCCUAAACCUACAUGUGAUUGGUCCACUGGCCUUCAAGGGUUCUCACUGAAGAAUUGGUUGGAAUUUACUAUGAAAGUAAAUGGAAGCACGAGUCCUUUGCCUGUGUACCUUCAGAACUUGUUUCUGGAGGAGCGUGGUAUUGCUAACUUGAUGAAGGAAACCCCCUGCAAUCAGGCUACAGAUGCAAUAUACACUGGUGCUAAAGUCGAUGGAUGGAUAUCAACCUGUAACCCACGACCAAACUUGCCAGCACUGCCUGCAGGGAUCACCUGCAAUAAUCCAAACACCUGUACUAGCGCCACCUGCUGUAUGGAAAUCUCCAAACUCAAUAAGAGGCAAAUCGAGGUCAUUGUAGACUUCCAUGAGUGUGCCAACUAUCUGGACGUGACUAUAGAAAGAAUACCAAUUUCAAUAUCCCUCCACACAUUUGAUUACGGGACGGAACACAAACUGUCACUGAAGGGUGUUUUUGAAGUAGUGUACACCAUUACAAGAAAUGUCAUUGAGAGAAAGUACUAUUUUGACUUGUCUGUGUCUGCUUGUUAUGAAACAACAGGAUGUGAUGAAACUUUUGUGAUCUUCAACCAGACUUCCUUUGAUAUAAAACAGUGCACAUACAAUGAUGGUUUCCUUAACCCCGCUUUCUCUUUGGCGAGCUGGAUGUCCACUCGAUCCAUCGCUGGAGAAGAAAAUAUCACAGAUACUCAGGCCAAUGAACUGCUGUUAGAACUGGGUCUGGAUCAUUUCUUGUCUAGUCUAGACAGCUGUUCUCUGGAUGAUUCCAUUUUUGGAGCAGCCGAUGGAAAUGGCUGGAACAAUGAGUGCACGAACUUCCCUAAUGACACACUAUCCAGUAUAAACGACACAGAUAAAGUGAAAUGUCACGUCCCUUCUACGUGUGAUCGGGUGUCUUGUUGUGUGUACGUAUCACAAGUCCGACGUCAUGCCAAGCUGGAGCUGAACAUGGACACGUGUAACUAUCAGAUGGAGGGUGCCAUAGACAAUCUCAGAUAUACAUAUGGACUUUUUGAUUAUGCCUGGGCAAAAAGUGAACAAGUGUCUGUACAUGGGGUCAUACGAUGGGGCUAUCAUGUGACACAUUUGAGCUCCAAAAAGAAGUUUCUUGUGGAUGGGACAAUCAAGCUGUGCUUUGAACAAUCUACAUGUAGUUUGGAUAUCAAUGUUUUCCAGGAUUUAGCGUUAGGAUAUCAGACAUGCAUUCCAACUGACCCUGCACCAUUCCAAGGUGUGAGCUUUGAUUUUUGGAGACAGACCCAAUGCACUCCAUUUACAUAUGCUGACACCUGCCCAAAUAUUGAUGGAGUCAAUACAACCACUGCCCUGGCAAACUGUAACUACCUGUCAGACUGCUUAGGACUUGAAUGCUGUAUAGACAGUGCCUACACACUAGGAAAUCGUUCUAUCUAUUUUAAAAUCAGAGUAGAUUGUACUAAUAUUGAGUACCAGAUUGAAUCUAAAUCCGUCACCAAAUCUCUGGCAGCUCUCACUGAUGGAGUACUCUACACAGAGGACAUAGGAACAGGGCCAGCCUUCCAGUUGAAAUAUGAGAAAACAGCCCAUGUAACUACCAUCGCCAUUGGAGCCAGUCUGACAUUUAAUGGAAUUACUUCUGAUCCGUCAGAAACAGUGACACAUGAUAUCCUAGAUCCUGCUUAUGUUAGAUUUGCCCCUGCUUCUUGUGCUGGGAGAAAACGUCGGCGACGAAGAGCUGCCCAGACACUUGAUCAGCUGGAUCCCACUAAGUUCAGUGAAGGGCUAAGGAUUCUGUUGAAGAAUAAUGCUACCAGUCAACAGAUUGAGGAUUUUAAACAGCGAUGUGAAGAAACAGAUCGGGCAGAGAAAGAGAAGAACAUGGAAGGAACACCAUUGGCUGAGGAUGAUUUUACCACUGGUGUCAAAUCUGGAUUAGAGGCUCUGGGAGCUGGCAAUCCAAUGACAAUCCAAACAGGUGGAGCAUUACCAGGAACGGUCACUGUGCAGGGAGGUGAUGCCAUUACCAAUAUGAUUGGCGCUGUGACGGAAAUAGCUGGGCGAGCUAAGCAGGCCUUUGUCGUAGGACAAGGACUAUCACCAGAAGGGGCCAAGCUGCUGGGGAAGAAGCUGGCCUGUAUGACAAUUGGGGAUCUGGAGGGCUUGCUGGAAUUGAAGAAUAUUGAUCCAUUUAAAGUGGCUGAACUAAUGGGCCACCUAAAGGAUCUGGCAAAAGCUUUGUACUCUGAAUUCAUAAGCAAGUUAUUCAGUGAUUCUGACAACAUCUUCAAAAGUUUUGACAUGGAACUUAAAGGAGAUUUUAGUUUUCCCAAGCAAAAUAUAAACUUCUUUAAAUUCAACAAGAUCUUCUUUAUUGGUGGAUUACUCACAAUGACAUUCGGUUUUGGAGCUGAUGGUUAUUAUGGUAUGAAGUUUGUGGUUGGUGCUAAGAUCAUGGACAUGAAGGGAACUGCUGGUUGUGAACCUUUUGGUGGGGUAUCAGUUUGGGGAGAACUGGGUAUUGGUGCUCUGCUAUACGGGAAACUUCGGCUGGAGGGAGACAUUAUGGACAUGGGAUUCCCGACCACCGCUGAAAUUGGAUUCAAGAAAUUCCCUCUGGAUGUGAAGCUUCAGAUGUACCUGCGCUUGACCCCGAUCAAAUUGACCUUGUAUGCCCUGGUGACAUUAGAAGUGGAUUUAGGUUUCACAAGCUUUAAGAAAGUUCUGUUCAAAACUAAACUUUGGCGAUAUAAAGCGGCAACUAUAAAGAAGUUAUUGAUUGACAACACCAAAGAGGAAGUAGACAAAUCACCACCACUAGUCAAAAGUUUUGGCGGUGACACCAAGGAAGGGGAAUGUGGAGUCAUUCAGGAGAUUGGCCGGGACCACACAGAGCCCGAGUUUACUGUGUUCCUCGAGGCAGAGGAUGAUAGGAGUAAUGUGAUUCUGACUCUGAAUAUUGGCACUGCUCCAGGUGGUACUGAUGUGAUGUCGGGUGAAGAGCUGGGAGGCUUUUCUACCACUCUGAACAAUAUCUUGAAACCAGCUGGUGUUCCUCUCUAUUUUACUGUCAAUGUGGCGAAUGAGGCAGGAAAUAGUGUCAGGGCAACUUGUAAUUUGCCCACUUAUGACAUGACCAUACCAGGAGGUAGAAUGACAGAGGCUUUCAGAUCUACCAGUAAUGCCAAAGUGUUGAAGGGCACAGUGACGGUAUAUGAUGACUCAGUUAUUCAGGAGAGCAGGGUUGCUGUAGGGUAUGGAAAAGACAUCUACGGAGAACAAAUUAUCAGAUGGACAAGGUCAGACAUAGAGGCCAACACAAUUGAUUACAAUGUGGCUCCUGAUCCCUUGCACCAGAAAGUUUUGAAAUUGUUUUCGGAUGGUAAAAUGGCCAGACUGAUUGGAAGGGGGAUUGUGUCUGCAGAGUACCAGGCAAUAUCCACUCCUGGAGAGUGUGCCACUCUGUGUAACUCCAUGCAUGUCACUAAGUGUCUCAGCUUCAAUUACGACUUCUCAGAGAGUGGACAGUGUGAGCUGUUACAAGCUAUAGAGGGACACGAUCAUAAAACUUCACAGGACGGCCUGUUUGUGCAUUAUGAGAAACUUGGCAUUGGAUCUAACAAGGCUUUUGAGUACUCCAACCUACAACUGUUGCAUGACAAGCUGCACUUUUUUAACUUCCAAGUGAUCAACGUUCUGGGAUAUCAAAACAUCCUGUCCUCUCUGUCUAUCAUCAGUGAUUUCACUCCCCCACUGUUUACAGAAUCACAAAUGAAUGUGUCUAGUGAUAUCAUGGAGGUGGUAGCCUGCAAAGACAUUAUACCCAAUGAUCGAACAGACUGGGAGAAAAUACACUGUGUCGGUAUCGACCCCAAGUUUAAAAACCACCGUAUCAUUGUGGAUGGAAACGGUUCAGAAACUGUCUACAACGGACAUGAAUUCAAGUUUGAUCUGAUGUACACCAGAGCCAACAGAUACGUCUCAGUUAACUGGGACGGUAUCUAUGACCACGAGACUGGACUCCUGGGUUACUCUGUCACUGUGGGCACAGCUCUGUGUGAAGAGACACUGAAGGAACAUCAUGACCCCCAUGCUCACUUGUUUGAUCCCUCCCAGUGGACCAACAGUGUCAUGAUGACCCCUCUGGUGCCUCCUAGCCUUCCAGAUGGGAAGUACUAUGUGACUGUACGAGCUAUCAACAAAAUAGAGUAUGGGGGACCUUUGGCUCUGACUAUUUGUCACACCACCCCCUACAUCAUAGACAACAGUCCACCUUUAAUUCAUGAGAUAUACAACAUUAAGUAUGAUGAGGAAAAAUUCAACUUGAGUUUGACCCACAACUCUACAGAUCCUGACUCGGGUAUCAACAGGAAUGACUUCUGUCUGGGAAGAACAACAAGGGACUGUGAUGAAUUGAUGUGGACUCCCAUUGACUUUAAUCCAAACAUCACACUGUUGCAUCAAAUUAGUAAUGGAGUUCCUGUAUGGAUCAAACUAAAGGCUGUCAACAAUGUGGACUUGAGGACCAUUGGGAUCUCGGACUCUCCUAUUAUUGUUGACCAGUCUCCCCCAGUGGGAGGCAAAGUGUAUGAUGGCGAGAUUGCUGGAAUAGACAUGGCCUACAUGAAAGACAACAACAAGAUCUGCAGCAACUGGCAACACUUCUAUGACCCCGAGUCUGGAAUUACCAUGUACAUGCUAAGUGUAGGGUCUGAAAAGAACAUUACCGAUGUUGCCAACCUAACCCAGUUCUCUUCGAGAGAAAGCUCAGCCUGCAUAGAACUGCCAGCAGUGAGAUAUCUCAAGCACAACCAGAUGUAUUACACAACAGUGUGGGCUUACAACGGGGGAAACAAACAACUCAACGUGUCUGUGGUGUCCGAUGGAGUCCUAGUUGACCUGACAGAGCCAGAGUCGGGAGAAGUAGUUGAUGGGAUGGAUGCAACCUUUACUGACCUCCAGUUUACGACCAGUCAGGCCAAAGUACAGCUCCAAUGGAGGGGAUUUAAUGACCCUGAAUCUCUGAUUAAACAAUAUGAAGUACAAGUGGAGAGUGCCAAGAACAUGAGUGAUAAUUUUGCCGUUCUAAGAAAUUGGACCUCAUUUCCCAAUGCUACCAGCAGUGUCACAUGGUUGAACUUCCACCACGAUCAUAGGGACCGUAUCAAAACUACUCUUAAGACGACUGAUGGAGCCCUGCGAUGGAUCACCAACUCCACAGAUAGUUUUGUGGUGGAUCUAACACCACCAUUGUUACUGUACAUCAGGGAUGGAGCAGCCUCCAAAGACAGGGAUUAUCAGUCGGAGUUGGACAGGUUGACAGUUUCCUUUGGUUAUGUAGACAAGGAGUCCGGUGUCAAUCAUUACAAAGUCCAGGUGUAUGAACUGUAUCAGGGAACUAGGAUCCAGAAGUAUCCAGCUGUCAGAAAUGAUUGGAAGGAGAUAUCAGACAAAACUGCCACCACUGACACUUGGACAGGGCUGACCCUGAGGGAGGGAGCUCGGUACAGCGUGAGAGUGGGAGCCAUCAACAACGCGGGAUACCUAGCUUCAUUUGAAACAAAUGGUGUUAUCAUUGAUACAUCUCCACCCAUUGUGUUCUGGUUGAGGGUGGGAGUCAUUGGAGGUGCCCCGGAGCAGAAGGUGGAAGGCUAUGUGUGGCAGGCUGACACCAAAGGAAUCAAGGCGUCGUGGUUGACCGACGAUCCCCAGUCUGGUAUCGCUGGCUACACUGUAGCUGUGGGCACAUCACCAGGAGGAACAGAUAUUAUGGACUGGAAAGCUGUAGGAUCAGAAAGCAGUCAGUAUAUUACAGGCCUGAAUCUGGAGCUAACCAACAUCGACGCCAAGACACCUGUGUACUACCUGUCCAUGAAGGCAGAGAAUGGGGCAGGGAUCCUGUCGACCACGGCUGUGACAUCCACUCCUAUUGUGGUGGUGCCAGAGGAUAAAGCAGGUAUCGUUAUUGAUGGAACUGACAAUCUUGAUAAUGUGAUAAACAAUGGCACAGCGGUAGACAUCACUACUGACGUGGAUUACCAGCUAGAUUCCAGUACAGUGUCGGUGCAGUUUUCAGGCUUUGAGAGCGCCCUUCAUGGUGUCAUGCACUUUGAGAUGGCAGUGGGCACAAAUCCUGAUGGUGGAGAGGAGGUUAUGGCUUUCACAGACUUCAACAUUGUUCACAUCGAAGAGAACAACACUACUGGCAAUGGGUUGACUAGUUCUGGAUAUGCUCAGUCCAAUCUUCCUCUGACACCCAACACAACUUACUAUGCCACAAUCAGAGGCGUAACAAAUGAUGGCAAUGUACUGCAGACCAGCUCUGAUGGAUUUACUGUGGACCAGUCAGCGCCAGUAAUUUCGAUUGACAGACUGACUAAGCAUUCCUCAGCAGAUUCAGACGUUGGGGAGGGGAGUAUGGUAUACGAGUCUACAGAGGAUGCUCUCUCUGCCCUAUGGCAUUACAAUGAUACCGAGUCUGAAAUAGUCAGGGCCUGGUAUGGAGUGGGGACAUAUCCUUACGCAGAUGAUAUUGCUCAACAAAAAGAAGUUCCUAUCGCUUCAUCUCUCUCAAGUUUUCUUGCUAACAAUGAAGUCACACCGGAUACCACAGGCAAGCCCAACAUUAUAAAUAUAUGGACCGAGAAUUCGGUAGGUCUAGUGAAGAGGGCAAUGACCGGUGCUGUUGUUAUAGAUCAGACUGCUCCACUAGCAGGGGUAGUCACUUGUCCAGAGUUUAUUCAGACUACAGUUCCUGUGGAGUGCUCAUGGACCGGGUUUGUGGACACCGAGUCUCCCAUAAAGGAAUACCACAUCAUGAUGGGCAAUGCCAAGGGAGAUGCCUCCAUCUUCUCUGGGGGUGUGGUGCUAGGACAUAUCCAGAAAUUCUCCAUUCAAGGUGCAGGAAGUAAAAUGAGCCAUGGUGCUGAGUACUAUGUGACAAUAACAGCGAUCAACACUGUGGAUAUGACCGUCAAUGCUUUCUCUAACAAGAUAGGAGUAGACACUACACCACCUGUAACAGGAAUGGUGGUGGAUCUAAAUUCUGUCUACAGAAUAGAUGCACAGAGCACAGACGAAACUGUCAAAAUGAAUUCCCUUAUAUGCAAAACUGUUGAAGAGUGCAAUACACUGGACGCUGUGUGUACUGAAUCCUUGACCUCACUGUCGGUCACUUGGAUGCCCUUCACUGACCCAGAGUCCCAAAUCGUGGAAUACCAGGUAGCUGUGGGAACUUCUCCAGGUGGAGGUCAGGUCAAGGCUUUCUACACCAUCCCAGCGGACAGUCAGUACCACACUGUCUCAGGACUCAACCUCAAUGGAUAUAGACAGCUGUAUGUAUCGGUGAAAGGAGUGAAUGGGGCAGGAUUAACCAGUGUGGCCACAUCUAAUGGCGUGUACAUGUCUUAUCUAAGCCAGGGGAAAGAUCCGCUGUCUCACGUCGGUGUCAUGGACAUGGUGGAUGGGGAGACAAUAGAUGUAGAUUUCCAAACCGACCCUGCCACCAUCCGAGCCAGUUGGGACGUGUCUGGUGACCCGUGUCCUCCGGUUAAAUAUGAAUGGGCAAUCAGACGACUGGAUGGAUAUGAAAUCUACAGUUUCUUCACCACUAACAUGAGGACGUCUGGCCUGAUUGAUGGACUCGGCAUGAAAAAUGGAGAGACCUAUGUUAAUUAUGUCAGAGUGACCAAUGCCAUUGGGUACAUCUACACACUCCGCUCCAAUGGAGUAACCAUUCAGGAAACCCCUCUGUUGCCUGGUAAAGUUUUUGAUGGGGACCUUGAAGGGUUUGACCUGAAAUUCCUGCCCUCCAUAACAAAAGUGCAUGCCAAUUGGAAUGGAUUUGGUUUACCAGCAAAUGCCAUCAAGCAAACCGGAAACUCUGGUGUGCAGGAAGACGCAUCUUUGAUAGCUGCACAAGACAAGAAUCAACAAGUGGCAUACUAUAUGGUGGCCUUGGGAACUGACCGACGUUUUAAUAAGACCAGGGACAAUGUUGUUCCAUACACUUAUGUAGGAGAGAACACUACUGUGACCUUUACUGACCUUGAACUGACCCCAGGAAUUGCCUUGUACUAUUUUUCAGUGUAUGCAUUCAGUAAAUCCUUCUCAAGGACUCUGGUUACAUCCAAUGGAUUUUAUGUCGGAUUCCAGGGGGGUGUUACCGCUGGAAUUAUCACAAGCCCUGGUAGCUGUGUAAGUAACAACACUGUCCUGGAUGUGCAGUGGGAGGGCUUCAGUUCUAGACUUGACAUAUUGAUGUACUAUGUUGCCAUCUCCAACAACACAGAUGCCAAUGGGACCAACUGUAAAAACUAUAUUGAAGGAGGUAAAACUCCAGAUGACGAAAGAAAAUUUUUGUUCAAUGCCAUGGACGUUGUCAACCAAGGACAAAAUACCUACACCAAGCUGACCAAUCUGAGUCUAGAGCAGGGCAAAACGUACUAUGCCUGGGUGAUGGGUACGGAUAAAUCUGGUGCCUGUGAAAUGACCUACACUGAGUUUUUGGUAGACAUAUCGGUGCCUGUUGAGGGGGUCAUCAAAACUGGUCCAUGGUAUGACAUGGUCGUGUCCUACACCACUGACAACACCAGUGUCAAUGUGGACUGGGCAAACUUCUCUGAUGGAGAGUCAGGAAUCUCUACAUACGAAGUAUCGUUGUGGAAAUAUGUCUCCUGUGAUGAAAACAGUGGUACAUCUCUGGUCAAUGAUUGGAUAACUCUGAACAGCAACAGCACUUUCUAUGAAUUUAUUGACCAAUCACUAGAGAAACAAAUACCAUACUUUGUGAAGCUGAGAGUGACAAACUGUGCUGGUUUGUUUGUUAUUGUGCAAACUCCUCCAGUGCUGUUUGAUGAGACUUUGCCAUUGGCUGGUCAGGUUAAGGAUGGCGUUGACUUUGAAUCAGAUCUCCUGUGGUUUAAUGAUACAACAAAAAUUGAGGGAACAUUUCUUCAUUUGCCAAACCCUGAUCCAAACAUCCAUCCAUGUCCCAAUCAGAUAAUUGCCAUUAAAGGGGCGGGAUGGAAGUAUUUGAACAAACUGGGCAUGUUGGAUCCAUCAGGGGAAUACUGGAGAAUAAAACAACAAGAUAUUUAUGUUUUCCCAGCUGCAUAUGAGGAUAAAGUGGACAUUAAAUUGGUCAAGAUAAAAGAUGUUGCCAAUAGGGACAUUAUGGGAGCUGGUGUCAUUUACAGGAGAGCUGAACUGUUUAAUGGGGGCACUUAUAAGCUAAGAAUCCAGGCAGCAGACCAGUUGGGUGAAGCUGUGACAGAGGUGUUGUUUUGGGACGGUCCAGAGACUGGUAUUGCCACUUAUAAAUAUGAAGUCGCCAAAGAUUUCGUAAACUGCGAGUGUUGCUUUGACAAUCCAAUUCCUCAGAUUUGUGGUGGCUGCAACUGCUCUAGUUAUCUUGUGAAUAAUGGCUACUUCCUAAAUGAGACCUUCACAACUACCACCACUACUACUCAAUCUCCAGAUACUCAGACAUUCCCUCCGUAUGAUGUGGUGGAUGAUCAGGGAUCCAGUGUCAUAGACAAACCUGACCUCACUCCACAGAUUGCCAGGGAUUCUUGUGGUGUUCAGAUCUACUCAGCCAAUCCAUCUGCGAACCUGAGUGCCUUCAUCGUUUCUUGGUGUCGAUACAAGUACGAUGCCAGGAGAAUGGGCAUUCUGGCAACAGAUAUAAACAUCAACCCUAGUGAGGGCCUCCAUGAUUACAAGAUUGACUUUGCCAUUAAGAGUGAAGAUUCUACCUCGAUCAAGUGGUGUAUGAUGGUUUAUAUUGAUGAUGAGUACAUCAAUGAACUCUGCGAUGUUCCCCAAAUGUCAACGGACGCAUUCAUGUUCUUCCAUGUCUUUAAAAGACUGAACCAACUCCCUACACCGAAGAGUAAAUUUGAGGCUUGGGCUACAUACGCCACUUUGGCAGGCCUGGAAAUGCCCCCACCAAUAGGCACACUCUGUAGGUCUGGACCUCAGUUUAGGGCUUUCACUAACCCAGUCAUUUUCUAUGAGGCAGCUAUUGGCAGCAGUUUCAUGGCUUCAGAUGUUGUUCCAUUCAGAAAGGUUGUUGAGCCGUGCGUUCCAUGUUUCACCAAGUGCUCUCGUUUCAACUGUGAUGCCAAUUGUACUUCCACUGAGACUGUACAGAAAACUUUUACAAUUGAUAAUAUCAACCUGUCCCCUAAACAAAUUGCAUACAAUGAGAGUGGCCACGGGACAGAGGAGAUCGUUACCUACUACCUCACAGUGAGAGGCGUGACAGCCUCGGGUGACUAUGCGACUUCGUCCUCAGAUGGCUUCUAUGUGGACAACACCCUCCCUGUGUUUGACCAGGAUAUCAUGAGUGGGGAAUUUUACUAUGAUGUAGGACAAGGGAACAGUACUCCUGCAGCGUUCCAGAACUCCAACAACACCAUUAAAUGUAUCUGGAAAUGUGAUGACGAAGAAAGUGGUAUCGUGGAGUACAAAUGGGCACUGGGAACCUCUCCAGGGGCAACCGAUAUCAUGAAUCUGACAUCAAAUGGACAGGAUAUUGUGGGAGUCAAUGACCAGCUGGAGGGAAUCCUGAAACACAACCAGUCUUACUAUGCUACUAUCACUUGUGAAAAUGGUGCAGGCUUAGUUUCUAAUUAUACAGACACUAAGGGAGUAACAGUGACGUUGAUACCACCUGAUAUUGAGUCCGUCAUUGUUUCUAUCCCGGGAACAGCUAAGUUUACAGAAAAGGUCUUCCCUGAGGAUUCACUGACACAGGAAGAUCCUACUACCGUAGGCUUCACCUUCACAAAGUCAGAGGACCCGUCUGUUAAUAGAUAUGACUUGUGUGUGGGGUCUGAGAAACUGACAGAUGACAUCAUUCCAUGCACCUGGGUGGGUUAUAAUAUAUCAGGAUCCGCAGAAAUCAAGAAUGGUGCAUUGUGGAUAAAUGGUAAGGAGAUCCGAAAACUCUCAGAGCUUCGACCAGUGCAGGAUUACGCCAAUGGAACAAACUCCAGUAAACAAGAUGUCUUCAGGAUGCCUAUUGGAAAGCAAAUGUUUAUAACAAUGAGACUUUGUGGGAGCUCAAUGUUGUGUGCAAACAGAAGUCUGGCUGUGAUUGUCAUCAAGAGCAGUGAUUCCAAAGUGGGUGUGUCCAAUAAUGGUACAGCCAUUGAAGAAAAAUUAGCUAUCACAUCAAGAAAGAGAGCAACACAAGAACUGGAUAUCAAAACUCCAAGUGGUUUGGCUGAUGGACAGUCCAUCAUUGUGACUGCUUUAAAAGCCUCUGACCUCACUGCCACAUACGGAUCUGAUGCCUCCAUCGAUUUUGUGUCUUAUAUCCAGGAUCCUAGCACAUCAAGGGAUAUGGUUCAAAGACUCUUAGUUAAACGAUUUUAUGGACAUAGCUUCGCAUUCUCUGUUGUGUCCCUGGGUAAUGUCCCAAUGCCUGGACCAAUUACUAUCUCCUAUAGUGACAGCACUGGACAGCCCUCCACUGGCAACAGAACCAUGCUCCUUCACUGGAAUCCAGUGAUGCAAUACUGGGAGAUCACGAGUAAGACCUGUACACAUCUGACCCCACAGGAACAAGAAGUUUACGACUCAGUCACACAAACAAUGACUGUCAAGGUUUGUGAUACAUACUUGGUGGAUGAAACUGCUCAGACAUCGGGAUCCUCUGCCAGGAGAAAGAGAGCAACAUCGUCUUCCCCAUCCUACUUCAGCCGGGAAACAAUGUUCGUACUGUCCACAACUGCUGCCUCUAUCUUCAACUCUCCUCCAAGGCUCAAUGUUUCCAGAGAUGUCCAAAUAGUGGAAGACUCUGGCACCGUGAACUACCAGCUGGUGGCGACUGAUGAUGAGGGCGACAUUAUAACAUUUGCCUUGUCAAAUUCUUCUUUAUUAUAUGGAACAGCCACACUGUCAUCAACUGGAUUCCUGACCUACACACCAUGUCCAGAUUGUGCAGGAGUGGAUUACGUCAAUAUCUCAAUGCAUGAAAAUCAGACUGAUCCUGAUAUUCCUCCUUCCAAUUCCACGGAUGCAAUUAUCAUCACAAUUCUGUCCAUCAACGACCCUCCAGUGUUGUUUGCCAGCUACAACGGCAAAUCUCUACUCCAUGCAGAUGCUACAGAGCCAGUGGUGGUCUUGCGAGAAGCUCGUAACGAUUUCAAUGAACGUGUAUGGGAAGAGCCAUGGGCAUCACUUUUUGGGGCUUAUGACCUUGAAGCUGACGACACAAUGACCUUUAAGAUGAAUGACCCAUCCUCCACUAAUAUCACAAUAGCCUACGAGAGCACAGCUGUUCCAACACUGUACUCUAACUGUGAAAGUGCCGGCCAGGUUACUUCGAAUAUGAUGCCAUGUGAGAAUUUCACCCAGAAUUUGCCCCAUGCAGCCAAUCUUUUGUCUUGGAAGACUUUCACUCUCAACUUUACAUCACCAAUGAACCAGUUUGGCAACUACACAGUCAACUUUUACUUUGAGGACAGCUCUAAUGGAACCUCUCUACCACUCACUAUCAAAUUUGCUGUCAUGGAAUCACCCUGUCGGAAUGGAGGAAUGUGUGAACCCACUGGUGUCUUCCCUUGUCUGGACACCCACAGGACACACAGCUUUGAUGCCUACUACCGAUGUAAUUGUACUGGAGGAUACCAAGGAAUGUACUGUGAGGAUGACAUUAAUGAGUGCCUGAGUGACCCUUGUAUGUUCCCCUAUGUCUGUUACAACAAACUGAACCAUUAUGUGUGUGCCUGCCCAGAGGACAAUCCAAACUGUGAGAUCCUCCCAUGGAUGAUUGCAAUCAUCUUGCUCAUCGUAAUUCUCAUUAUUGUGUUGGUCAUUGUGGGCAUCUACAGAUUUAGAAACAGAAAGAAGGACUACUUAUUGAAGGACCAAUUUGGAUCUCAAUCUUCACUAGGAUCAGAAUUCAACAUGGAUGAUGAUGACGACUUAUUUGAAGAUGAAAAAGGCUUUUCUGAAACAACUAGUGAGAGGAAGAAUAUUUCAACAAAACCGAAGAAAACAGUACAUUGGGGUUUUGAAAAUCCAGCACUCAGCAUUGAACCCCAUUAUGACCCGGAAGAGGAGAGAGAUUACUUCAACAGACACACCAAAUCCAGCUUUGCUCCUCUGUUACAUUCAGCAGAUUCUCCACCACCAUCCUAUGACCAGCCUGGAGAUCAUCCUCAUCCAGACACUUUCCACGGAGGGCUUAUAUCGAAAGGACCAGACAGUAGAAUGUACUUGGCACCAGGGACCUUGCAUGGUCACGGCAGUAAUGACUCCGGAACCUGCUCACCUCCACUGAAACGCAAUCGCAAAAUCCAGCCUGUGGAAGAUGAUGAGGUAUCAAUUCAUAGUCAAGUGAGGGGAACUGAACCCACCACAACAGAAACUAAGCCCAGAAGCAACACCCCAGACAUAUUCCGCGCCAACAAUACACCAAAUGGACGAAACACGCCGGUCAAAUCUUUCCUGGAAUUACAGUCACGAAGCAGCACCCCAGGAUUAUCCGGUCCAGUGAGUGGAAGGAGCACACCCGUGACAAGCUUGCUCAAUGGUGAGUCUCGCUCCAGAUGCAGCACACCUACUAUUGGAAUGCACAACAAAGUAUCGCCUGCGAACAGCCAUCAGUCUCCAUCUGGCAGUCGCCACUCAGGCAGCCAACCGACAUCUUCAAAUGACAGCAGCUCACAACGCGAGACCCCACACAGUUUGGAGAUGACAAAGCUCACCAUCUCUGACAUGGAGAACACAGAGACAAGCAUGUAA